AAAUUUGGUUCUCUUAACAAAAAAAAAAACGAAAAAGAAUCGCACAUGUGUUAAAAAUACAUCGGUAGAUCCGAUAAAUCACCGGGAAAAUAUGAAGAGAUUUUGCCGCCGAUAGUGUUAAAAAAAACUAUUGAUCAAAACGUUAAAAAACCUUUUUGUGUUGGAAUAUGGAUUCAAGAAGAGCAUAAAAUAAGAAUUUACGCUCAAAAGCUAAAGCAAAACAAAUCGAAAUUCACCGCUUCCACGUAUUUCUCAGCUGUCUUUGUCUUUGUCUUUGGCUCUGCCAUCUCUUUUCCACGCGUCGCGGCGCCCUCAAGUGUUUGGUUUUGUAAUUGCCUUUGCUUCGCGAAACUGUGCUGAUUUAAAUGUUUUAAUUGUACCGCUCUUAAAGUAUUAUUUCCCCAAAUGCAGUUGAAACAUAACAAUUGUCGCGUGGCUUUUGCAGCGUAGAGAAGAGAGAAAAAAGCAGCCGUGUUUAAAUAACAAUAGUCAUCGCCUAUUGUUGUUGCCCCAACUAAUUUGAACUCACAGUGAAAACCUAUAACUACAAAAUAAACACGACAACCAAGCUAAAACAAACCAAUAAGUAGUGCAUAUUAUUUUAAAAACACUAUAAAUCUACCAUUAUUUUAACCGAAAAUCUGUACAAAGAAAGCCUAUGAAACUAUAUUUUCGUGAAAUUAACUAAGCGCGUGUAAUCGAAAAGCGUACGAGUGUUUAAUCAUCAUCGAAGGCGAGUGUCGAAAAGUGUUCCGAGGUCAAUGUUUCUGUUUCUGCUGCUGGCAACUCAUCGCCUAAAUUAAGUACACAAUCUGCAGCGAGUUCACCGAGCAAGCGGAUAAAGGACUGACCCACUCAAACAGGACUAGAACCAGCCAAACCAAUUCGACGCCAAUUUUAACUACUGUUGGUGGCGCCAGCAGCGAAUAGCGAAUAAUUGAAUCAUAAAGGACACGGACGGGCCACCCAAAAGGAUCCAGAAUUCAGGAUCAACAAAGCCGAGCAAAUAAUUGCCGUAUAGUGUGUGGGUGUGUGUGCACUGAACGCGGUCUCCCCCCAAUCCCCCAUUCAGUCCACCACCCAAACCCAUUUCCGGUGGGUGGAAAAAGGGGAGUGGCAGCUGCACGGGCACAAGAAGGCGGCUGCAGGGAAAUGACAGCCGUCCUGCUUUAAUUAAAGCCGGCACGUGGGCGUGUGGGCGUGAGGCCCGAAAGUGUGCGCUGCAAUAAAAGGAGGAAACUGAAACGCAAUGUGGCUGAUGCCGCGGACCGUGGACAACGCAACAAAGUGGACGAAAUUGCUUUUGGAACAGUACAGGAUACCACUGGAGGUGGAUAGCACUGGAGGUAGCGGCAGCAGCGGGGAAGGCAUUAAUUUUGAUUAAAUUCACCUGAACAUUCGCCUUCAAUUCGCAACUAACAAACGAACGACGACUGACUGAAAUAUUAGCUACGAAAUAAAGCAUACUAAACUUUAAGCGUAUAUUUCAAGCAGCCGCCCGGUGUGCAUGAAACUCGUAGGAGAUUGGGAACAGGAUCGGGAGCAGCAGGAGACAUCUUGUGGAAGUCGGUUUUGCGUGCCGCAGGCAUUGCAACAGCCACACAUGAACACGUCCCUGUGACACGAGGAGGUGCGGAGUGAAGGGGGGCGUCGUCGGUUGGGACCCCAGGAAAACAGCAUAAUUUCGUCAACGGCAGCCGUUUGAACUGUCGUCGCCAGCGCAUAACCCACCAUUCCCCAGGAUCCCAAAGCCCAAAACCCGAAUCCCCAGCCCGGCCCACACCAUCAUCAUCAUCAGCAGCAGGAGCAGCAGCAGCAGAGGCAGGAAAGGCAUCGCUGUCACAGUCAGCGAUUGUUGUCAGCAAAGGAAAAGUAUCAGAGUCAGAAACCACCAGCAGGAGCAGGCGGAGCAGCAGGACCUGGCAUAGCAUCACAUCCCAUCCAAAACUUAAUCCCCAUUUGCCAGGACCGCCCCAAUGAAUCUGCUGUGCUGCUGUUGUUGCAGUAACAUGGCACCAAACCAGCGAGUCACACGCAAAUGGGAACUGUUUGCCGGACGCAAUAAAUUCUACUGCGAUGGAUUGCUAAUGUCCGCACCGCACACAGGCGUCUUCUACUUGACGUGCAUCCUGAUUACCGGCACCAGUGCGCUCUUCUUUGCCUUCGACUGUCCCUUCCUGGCGGACAGCAUAAAUCCAGCCAUUCCGAUUGUGGGAGCGGUACUAUACUUCUUCACGAUGAGCUCCUUGCUGCGCACAACCUUCACGGAUCCGGGCGUCAUACCGCGAGCCUCCAACGAUGAGGCCGCCUAUAUUGAAAAGCAAAUUGAGGUGCCAAACUCGCUGAACAGUCCCACAUAUCGACCGCCGCCGAGGACCAAGGAGGUCCUGGUCAAAGGACAAACGGUCAAGCUGAAAUACUGCUUCACCUGCAAGAUCUUCCGGCCGCCGAGGGCCUCGCACUGCAGCCUGUGCGACAACUGCGUGGACCGCUUCGAUCACCACUGUCCCUGGGUGGGAAACUGCGUGGGCAAGCGGAAUUAUCGGUUCUUUUACUUGUUUCUAGUCUCAUUGGCAUUUUUAGCUGUAUUUAUAUUCUCGUGCUCUGUGACGCAUUUAGUUUUAUUGAUGAAGAAGGAGCACGAGGUCUUUAAUGUAAUCAAGGCGGCGCCCUUCACUGUGAUUGUUGUGUUCAUUUGCUUCUUCUCGAUAUGGUCGGUGAUCGGCCUGGCCGGCUUCCAUACGUAUCUGACGACUAGCGAUCAGACAACCAACGAGGAUCUCAAGGGAUCCUUCUCCUCCAAAGGCGGUCCCCGCACCCAAAAUCCCUAUUCGCGGGGGAACAUCUGCCUGAACUGCUGUCACAUCCUGUGCGGACCCAUGACGCCCUCGCUGAUCGAUAGACGCGGCAUCGCCACCGACGAGUUCAUCCAGCAGAUGCAGCACCAGUCGAGUCCGCGGCACGCACUGAGCGAUGUGCUGAGUGCCUCGCACAUGGUCACCACCUCGCAGCCCAUGAUGGGCGGGGUGGGUGGUGGUAUCGGUGGUGCCGGCGGCGGGAUCAGCAUUGGUGGGGCGGAGCUGAAGCCCCGAUUCUACGACGAGUCCAAUCCCUCCUCCUCGACACUGGAGGGCAACGGAGGUGCCAUCAAUGGCCAUGGGAAUGGCCAUGGCAACGGCUUCGACCAUCCGCCGCCCAGUUACGACCUGGUCCAAAACGGUAAGUCCCGCAAACAUCACCAGCAGCGCUGCUCCCUGCAAACCCUGCUGCCGGCCAGUGCCCAGCAGCAAUUCAAGGCCAGCAAACACAAACACAAGCAACUGAAGCAGCACUUGGUGGCCGCCGAGUUGCAGCAACAUGAGGGCGGUCCAGGACCGGGUCCCAACUCGCCCUCGCUCCUGCGCUCGCCGGCCACGUCCUCCUCCUACCGGCUGAACCUGAAGCGAUCGCUGCACCUGCCGCUGACACCGUCGUACGACGAUGUCCGCCACUCGCCGCUCCCGCUGCUGCAUCACCACGUUCACGCCCAGCAGACCACAGCCAUUGGCACGGUGGCAGCAGCGGCGGCGGCGGUGGCAUCCGGCGCCAGCGGCACCAAUACCGGUACCGGCACCGGCACUGGUGCGGGUGGUUCCUCCUCCUCCACCACCACCACCGCACCCACUUCGGUGUCCGUGUCGUUGGCCACGGCUCCACCGCCGCUGGCGCCACGACGCCCGUCGACGCUGCAGCUGCAGGCCAGCGGAGCGAUCUCCGCCAGCAACAGCACCUUGACCACCAUACACACCACGGCGCCACAAGCGCCGGCGCCCACGGAUUUCAAAUACUAUUCGCCGCAACGCAGCACCGACUCCAAUCUGAUGCGGAACUAUCCGUUCCCGAAGGCGGCACGCGGAAUGCGACGGCAAUCGACCAUGUCGGUGGACUCGCAGAAGGUUAACAUAGCCGGGUAUCAGCCGCUGCCGAUGAGGAAACCUUACAAGCAUCAGGAGGUGAUGUUCGAACUGAAAUCGCCGACCAACCGGCUGACGAUUCGCGAGUGCGACUUUGGCGGUGGCGGUGAACCCUGCGAUGACGAUCAGUCGAUCAAGGACAGCCAGAUCUUUCGUGUUAGUAAACGAAAUCUUUAUAUGAAUCACCGGUCGCCGUGGAAGGAGCGCGACCGCUACUCCAAUCUCUACGAGUAUUCGUUUAACAUCGAUCUCAACUCGAUCAUCGAGGAUGCGGCGGGCAGUGACUCGUCAUAGUACGCAGCAGCAGUCCGCUGCUCCGCCGCCCUGGGCCACGGUCACGUCCAUCACCCCAUCGGUGGACUUGUCCGUCUCCUGGCCAUCCUCCUCGAUCGGUUGUUGGGCGCUGUACAUAAGGCCGGGCCCUGGCCAGCCCGAUUCCUAAUGCUUCCACGCUUUUGCUAAGGCGCCAAAUCGGGUCCAGAUUCCGGAAUGUGCCCCCCUUCUAUGGGUCUUCUCUGUUUAGCUUUAGACUCGAGAGCAGCUUUUCGAUUAUGGCUUAACUAGGAGUUCAUUUAGGAUUUAAUAUAAGGGCUUGACUAGGCUUUGAAUAAGUUUUUGAUUAGUUUGCAAUGUACAUAUAUUUUAAUCAAGGCUGCAAGCCAUUUGUUGGCCGAACUUUUUUGAAACGGUUCGGGUUAAUUUCGAAUUCGGGCUGCAGCUACUUAAAAUUUAUUUUAAAAACUUAUUUUAUAUAGAACAAGAUAUACACAACAAGAUACAAGAGUCAGUUUAAGUUUAAAACCAGAUAACACUGUAAUUUUGUUUAAAAGGUGCCUUGUUCCACCAGCUAACCCCGUUUUGAUAUUUACAUUUAUCAAACUGAAUUCCUUGAUUUCGAUUUGCAAGUAAAUAUUUUGCUCAACUGAAUGUGGAAACUUCGGGCCAAGCCAACGGAGCGAAUAAAUUUAAAAGUUUGCAGCCUUGAUUUUAGCUUUGAGGGAAUCUAUCACAGUCUGAUUGUGGCACAUUUGUGAGACUCACCUGGCUUCCAAAAUGCGCAUAGUUGUUAGUGCAAACUGCUACCCUCUUGCAGCCUGAAAUCCGCAUCCGUAUCCGAAUCUCAAUUUGUGUUUGCACCCUUUGUAGAAGUCGAACUUGUAUUUGAUUUGUGUUUAAUGUUUGAAACCACCAACCCCGCUGUAGACUUCCCUCCGCUCCAGUUUCCCCCCGAAAAACUUGGUUCAUAGAAACUUUUGCGUUUAUAUAGCACCUGCUUCCCAGGCUAGGUGCGUCGGAUCCCUCCUGCUGCAAGAUGCAUUUGCAAUAGGGGCGACUCGGCGCCAGGGGCCGCUAAAUGCCACCCGUGUAUGUAUGUAUCCACCUUGGUCUACGUCCCAGCGCCGCCACCUCCAAUAGUGAAGACACCAACUAACCAUCUAACCAACUAACCAAGCAACCAAACAACCAAGCAACCAAAGAACCUACUAACCAGAAAACCAAAGAUCCAAAAAACCAGUAAACCAACAUCCCCAGCCAAGCAUGUUUGACUUAGUUCGCCUGGUAAAGUGCUUAAUGAUUUUGCUUUUUGUUGGGAACCUCGUGAGAUUUAUGUAAAUGAUCGCAGUCACUUGGGCCUUCAGUUGAAUUCUCGAUUAAUUUGGAAGGUUUCAGUCGAACAUAGAUUAUGAGCGAAAACUUGAACUUGCAAUUAGUGAAAUGGAAAAUUAGCAAAACAAAAUAAACAGAAACCAAAAACUUAAUGAGCCAAAAUAACUGCCAUUUAUCGAAGCAACAUUUUGUUAGGACUUUUUUCAUUUUUACAAUGAAAAUUAAAAUUAAUUAUAAACGUAAACUAAACAUGGAAUUCAAUAAGAAUUUGAUAAACUAUGUAUCAGUGUUAAGGGAGUGUCAUUUUAAAACUAAUAGUGGAAUACGAGAAAUUGUUGCAAACGAAUUGAAUAUCAAAUAUCGAAUAUGUCUUAAUCUUGAAUAUUGGAACAUUGCCAAGUGACUGCUGCAAAUAAUUAGCAAUAAACAAUAUACCGAACAAUGCGUUGAAAUUGAAAUGAAAAUUGAAAUUGCAAAUAUUUAUACCUAGUUGUAAUAGUUGAAAGACAAACAUUUUUCGGGCACUAGAUUGCUGGACUUUUGUGGAGGUGAAAAUCGUAAAGCGUAUUAGGUAUCCUUGUAAGCCAGCUUAAAGAAAUAAUUGCGGCUCAAAUGCCGCCUACAAGGCUUUAAAUCUUGAGCAUUAACAAUAUUAUGGGUUCCUUUUAUAAUUAAUUGCAAGUAUAAUACGCAUUAGCCAGAUAAUUGAAGUUGUAGCUAGUUAUAUAUAUUAUAUAUAUAUAAAAAUAUAUAUAUGAAAGCGAGUGUUAACUGAUGAAAACGUAAAUUUAUAUAUGUACUUAUAUAUACACAUAUGUAUGGUUAAAUGUUGGGCAAUAAAGUGUAUCUAGCGUAUGUUUAAAAUGGAUCGAAAGCAGAUCUAUAACUAUCUAUAAGUACUAAUCCCGAUGUUGAAGCGUAUCGCAUCCUUUCAGGAAGAUCGUGAGGCCUACUUACGAUCCUGAAAUGUUAUUGGAACCAUAAAUGUAACCCCGAAUCACGCACACACAUAGACACCAAAUGAAGGAUUCAGAUUUUCCGCUCCUCUACAUUUUCCAUUAUCCUUAGGUUCUCUGAUUUUGGUUUUGACCGGCUAAAGCGCGUACACAUCCACCAAAAAGCUCUAACCCUCCUCCUGAUUUAUCGCACACUAAUGUCAAACUCUUUCUGUAUCUUUCAACUUGACUCUGGGAUGAAAAAAAAAAAACUAAAUACUUACAAAUUUGUGUCUGUAACUAUUUUGUGAAUCUAACCAAACCGUAAUAACCCAAACAAAAACUGCAAUUGAGCGAAAGUUGUCGAGGGCCGCUUAAGACUAGAGUAAAAAUGCAUUUUAAGCCUUAAUUGGGUGAGUUCUCUCCUAAUGCAAAAACAUUUGAUUGUUGUAUGUACCAAAAUAAAAUAACCGAAUAUCGAAAAUUAAUCAAAGCUUUAGAGUUUCGUUUGAAAUUAGCUACACCAUAUAUCUUUGAGUUUAUUUUCCUGCUGCUUAAAUCGCCUAUGCGAAAUAGCUGAAUUACAUAAUAUUCGUUUGAUAUUCUAUUAAGUUGCUCAUGCCGAUUCGUUUCCAACAUAAACCUAGAGCAUCACCAUCCGAAAGAAACUCCCAUCUAACACAAACCAAAAGUCAAAGUUUAAUGUGGUAUUCAGCAGUAAUUUAUUGGCAAGCUACAGUUGUGUACACCUACUAAUUGCACUCCAAACAUUUUGAAAGCAUGCUUUAAAUUGUUCAAUUGGCACCGACUUAACCACUGAAUCCAUUAUCCAUUAAUUAGCGUCCAAUUUCCAUCUUUAUUUGCGCACACUCUACGGCGUUUGUCAUUCAGUUUUAAGUUAUCAUUGUUGUUUAUUGGUUUAGGAGCUUAUCAACUGAUGGGUUUCGAAUUAAGUUGAUUUCCACCCAGUUCCGAGGCAGUUCCUCCGGAUCAAGACCCAUUCUGAUUGCAAUUACACGUGUUUUUGUUCGAUUUAACACACAAAACCCCAUUUGAUUGAAUUACGAUUUUAAUUUGCCGCCCUUUUCAGCAUUUAUGAUUAUUUGCAUAUUUGCAUAUUAAAUAGUUUUAUUUUCCCACAGCUAAACGAAACCGAACCUAAACAAACCAUCAACGACCACUAGCAAAAGAGCAAUAAAACCACUAGAUACAAAUGCUCCAAAUUGAAAUUCGAAUUUUAAAUUAGUUGGCAAAUUUGUUGUAAUGAGCAUUUCAAUUAUAUACAUGCAUUAAUUAAACAUACAAAGGAAUGAAAUUAAAUACCAAUUACUAAUCACGGCCUUUCGCUGCGCCCUUUUCCCCUUUUUUCGUAUCGU